GCGAACAGAUGAUGGAAGGCGGAACCAACCAUAAUGCAGAGCAGUAGUGUUGCAUAGUGUAGUAGUUUUGUUAAAUAUCAAAUUAAGCUCUGUGAACUACAACUUCUGCUAAAUAGUGAGCUUGUCUAUUUAUUAUGGACACCCUUCCAACAAUGAUGUUCUCCUCUGAGCAGGAGGAGAAGUAUUAUUUAGACUGCAUGGGCUACUUCUUCAUAUUCAUGGCUGUAUGCACUUUCUUUACAUUGCUCUUUGAAAACGUGCCCUAUGGUCGAUAUGCUUCGGGUAAAUAUGGAUUUCCAAUCAACGUCAAAUUUGCCUGGUUCGUUCAAGAGUUACCUGCAUUCAUGGUGCCUCUCUACCUCGUUUUGUGGACGCCUUCUGCAAAAACUUCACAGCUACCGAAUGCACUGUUGAUAGCAAUGUAUUUUUGCCACUAUGUUCAAAGGUCGCUUGUUUAUCCAUUUUUAAUUCGAGGAGGUAAACCUACACCUGUGGUCUCGUUCGUCCUAGCCAUUGUAUUCUGCAUAGUUAAUGGCUACAUGCAGAUACGAUAUUUGAGCCAUUAUGCCGAAUACCCAGAAGGAUGGGUGACACACCCCUGCUUCAUCAUAGGAUGUGCUCUGUGGUUGGUUGGCUGGCUGGUGAAUCUUCACUCUGACCACAUCCUACGGAAUUUAAGAAAGCCGGGAGAGACAGGAUACAAGAUCCCCAGAGGGGGUUUGUUCGAGUACGUCUCCGGAGCAAACUUCCUAGGCGAGAUAACGGAGUGGGCAGGCUUCGCUCUGGCUGGCCAUUCGGUGCACAGUACAUCCUUUUCCAUCUUUACCCUGGUGGUCCUCGCUAGCAGAGCUGUGGCCCACCACAGAUGGUAUCUCAAUAAAUUUGAAGACUACCCUGAAUCUAGGAAGGCGCUUAUACCCUUUGUGUUCUAAAAAAACAGAAGUAAGAGCAGGUACCUGGUGUCAGAGGGGAAGCUGAUCAAGAGACUCCUACCCGACAUGUCAGGGAUGGGCCACAAAAGGAGAGGAAUGAACCAGCGAUGGAACACAUUCCUCCACCUUCAGGCCUGAAAUUAAAAGGAUGGUUUGUGCCUCACACUCAAAGUGGAGCAAAUGAAGCAAAGAGAAAUAAAGACAGAAAUAAACUAAAGUGGAUGAGGUGAUGGUGACGUUGGAGGGGGGUGGAGUCACAUUAGGAACUCCCUCGAGGUGGGGGGGGGGGCAUCUGAAAACAAGUUGAGUGGUACUUUGGGUAGAAAGACAUACUAAACGUGAAGAUGGUAGAUUUGAUUUGUUGCAGUGUUGCCAAGAUAUGCUCACUUCAGCGAUUUUAAAGGAAUUCUCGGGCUUUUUGUGAAAUAGAAGUUGUUUCAUCUUAUUGUCAAAAGGGAAGUACCAUACUGAGUUAAUUUUAUUUAAUUUCUCAAUUCGUCAGGUGCUUAAAUAGAGCGAGUUUAAGUAACUCAAACUCAACAUGCAACAAAAACGAUUGAGUUAAUCUCUGAAUGAAAAGUGUUUAUCUCUCAAACAUUUAGCUUCCUCUUAUAUGAUGUACCCUAUGAAUUUCAUUAAAAUGUAGGGAUCUGUAUUCAUCUUUCUAGCAAACCUGUUUCUCAUCACAGUAGCAGAGAGAGCAUGAACCUCUUUCAUUUCUGUCUGCGACCGCAGUAUAUUGCAUGGCUAGAACAAUUUACUCAUCCAUAUCGUCGACUCAAAUCUAAUUCUAAAUGACGUGACACUGCAUGUAAUGCGCCCACAGGCUAGUAGAAGUUGAUAGUGCAGUGUGAAUGCAGAUUCCCUCCAAAUAUGGGGUAAAUAUUUGGAGGAUGCUGCACCAUCAGCCUAAUUACUAUUUCACCACUCGCACACAGCUCCCUUCUAAAAUAUGAGGCUCUUUUUAUUCUAGACCUGACUGUUAUGUUGACAUUGUAUAUUUUACCCAGUAUGGAGCCGCUAUUUCUGUCUCACUAUCCCCCGUCUUCGCGAGUGUGCGUGCACAUUCAGCCAAGAUUAAUGUGCCUAUAACAGAGGUGUACCGCUGCUGUGAACGCAUGAAACGGUGUCCGGAUGCAAGAACACAGGGCUAUGUAAACACUGAUUUACUGUAAACGACAGCAAGUAUCUAUUCAAUUGGGGAUCUUAGCGUGAGAGAGGAUGUUUUCCUUUGCGUUUAUACAGUGGGAGUGGCCGGGUGGCCUGGAUGUAAUGUGAGAGUGACACGCUCACCGACACACUGGCCUAGGGUGGGGGGGUUCUUUGACUCACAUGCCUCACGUGAGUGGGGGUUUGGCGUGGGAAUUGUUGUGGGUAUUAUUUCUGCAUGAAAAUAAUCCUACACGGAAGGUUGUGGCUGGACAGCUUAAUUGUUUGUACGUUGUGACGUCACAUCGCAAUUAACUGCCUCCCUUAUGAAAUGGUAGGAGCGGAGGUACGAUGUUUUUCUGAAGUCAUAGACAGUACGGUUAUCGACCGGUAGGGCGUAUAUUGGCCGGAAUAUUACUAUAUUAUGUGCUGUUGUGCGAACCUUCACAGAAGAAGAAGGAAUCCUUACAUUAGCAUAUGACAGCAAAGCUUAAGUCGCAGGUGGACCUUAUUUUGAAAAAUAAUAUGUACGGAAGACGACAUCAAGAGACGAGAUGUUAACUGGGCCAUGAAUUACAUGUGUCAAUUUCAAGAGCAUUUAGAAAAUGAAAAUUAAAGUUUUUAUUUGUAUCUCUCCACAAGCUGCAGAGCCGCUGAAGCUACGGUUAACGCCUUUGUUUUCGAACAGGUGUUGUGCAGUUAUUAACCCUGUCGUGAAAUGAACCCGACGUAAAAUAUUUUCGAAAUUAUGGUCAAUCAGUCAAUAAAGUAUUUUUUUAUGACAAGAAAACACGGCCAACAAUAUUUGAGCUAAGUUAACGUGUCCCUACAUUGGGAAAGGAACAUUGAAACAACAUUAAUUUAAAUUAGUGGGUGAAUGAAUGUUAUUGGAAUUAUCGAGGUGUAUAUGGUUGAUAUUAUCCAAAGUCGAUCAAUAAAGCACUUCUGGGUGAAACUA